UUUAUUGCUUUGGUAUAUAACUUAUUAUAUAUUGUCUCUCUCUUUUCUCUCUCGCUUUGCUUAGGCGACGCAGUUGUUCACAGAAACGACUCUGGCGUCUCCACGCACACGAAUUCACAUUUCACGCUUCCAAACACGUAUCCAGUGAGUGAGUGAGUGAGCGAGGAGUGAUCCAUCACUCCAGAAUCCAUCUUCUUCUGCUAGAUUCUCUUGACCUUUUACAUCACACAUUUCUCGUUUUCACCCUUUUUCUCUCUAUCUCUCUCUAAUCGCUCGCUGACUAUGGCGGGUGCUGCGUCUUCAUGUCACGCAUCUCCCUUAUGCGAUUGGCUAGUGGCGGCUUGCAUGUCCGUCACUCACUGCGGCGGAGAGCGACUGGCUCAACAAUCCGACACUAGGAGUAGCCGCUGGGCUCGCCGGAGGAGACUGCUUAAUAAUAAAUGCUCCGCCCAUGGAUCCGCCGGCAUUCAGGCUCUUUCGAGCUCCUGUAACAACAGCGCCUCGUCUUCCCUCUUCGAAUCGAACAACACUUACUUGAAUCGAAAGCAGAGGAGACUGAAUCGAGCAUCUGCCUCUGGGCAAGUCACUGUAGAGAUGGAGAAGGAAGCAAUGGUUAACAAGAAACCUCCUUUGGAGUCUCGGCGCGUUGUUGUGACGGGCAUGGGGGUUGAAACACCAUUAGGUCAUGACCCACAUACCUUUUAUGAGAAUCUGCUACAAGGCAUCAGUGGCAUAAGCCCAAUAGAGAACUUUGACUGUUCUGCAUUUCCUACCAGAAUCGCUGGAGAGAUUAAAUCAUUUUCGACAGAAGGAUUGGUUGCUCCAAAGCUUUCGAAAAGGAUGGACAAAUUCAUGCUCUAUCUUCUAACCGCUGGCAAGAAGGCGUUGGCUGAUGGUGGAGUAACUGAGGAAGUGAUGGCAGAGUUUGACAAAUCCAGAUGUGGAGUUUUGAUUGGCUCAGCAAUGGGAGGCAUGAAGGUCUUUUACGAUGCGCUUGAAGCUUUGAAGAUCUCUUACAAGAAGAUGAAUCCUUUUUGCGUGCCUUUCGCGACGACAAACAUGGGCUCAGCUAUGCUUGCCUUGGAUCUGGGAUGGAUGGGUCCAAACUACUCUAUUUCAACUGCGUGUGCCACUGGCAACUUUUGUAUUCUGAAUGCGGCAAACCACAUUACUAAAGGUGAAGCUGAUGUAAUGCUCUGUGGUGGCUCUGAUUCAGUUAUUAUCCCAAUAGGGUUGGGAGGUUUUGUUGCCUGCCGGGCUCUUUCAGAAAAGAAUGACGAUCCCACCAAAGCUUCUCGUCCUUGGGAUAGUAAUCGGGAUGGUUUCGUUAUGGGCGAGGGAGCUGGAGUUCUGCUUUUAGAAGAACUUGAGCAUGCCAAGAAAAGAGGAGCAACUAUCUAUGCAGAGUUCCUUGGUGGUAGUUUCACAUGUGAUGCAUACCAUAUAACCGAACCACGUCCUGAUGGUGCUGGCGUCAUUCUCUGUAUCGAGAAAGCGUUAGCUCAUGCCGGGAUUGUAAAGGAAGACAUAAAUUACGUAAAUGCUCAUGCUACCUCUACGCCAGCUGGAGACCUCAAGGAGUACCACGCUCUUGCUCACUGUUUUGGCCAAAAUCCUGAGCUAAGGGUAAACUCGACAAAAUCUAUGAUUGGACACUUGCUGGGAGCUUCUGGGGCCGUGGAGGCUGUUGCAACCGUUCAGGCAAUAAAGACAGGAUGGGUUCAUCCAAAUAUCAACCUCGAGAAUCCAGACAAAGCAGUGGAUACAAAGCUGCUUGUGGGUCUAAAGAAGGAGAGACUGGAAAUUAAAGCAGCCUUGUCAAAUUCAUUUGGGUUUGGUGGCCAGAACUCUAGCAUCAUUUUCGCUCCUUACAAAUGAUGAAUGGCGAAAAGUCCAUUGCUGUCUUUAUCUGUGUAACUUGCUGUGAGUGUGUGUGUGUGUACAAGAACUUCUUCCCAUGUUUUUGGUAGUGUUAUGAUUCAGGAUUCGAUUGACUUACGCAGAGAGAUUAAGAAAAAGUUUCUUCAGAGAGUCAAAAAGAACAAUCUUAGGAAUGGGGCAGGACAGGGGAAGAAAGUGGAGAGGUAGCUGUCGUGAACAAUCUGUUCUUUAUGUAAUGAUAACAAUAGUUCUUCAUGUGUUAGUAAGAUUAAAAUAUUUGAGCCACCGCUUCUUGUCUUCAUUUUUUCUGCUAAGAAAUGUAUGUCUAACAAAAACAUUCAACAAGUUAAGCAAAUUCAUUUUUGUAAACGCUAUGAUUUAUACAUACAGUAAAACCUCUAUAAAUUAAUAAUGUUGGGAUCUCAAAAAUUU